AUGGUAAUGUCAAACAUCACGAACAUCACGAUCGCGUCAGCCAGUCAGCCGGAGAUAGUGAUAAUCACGUAAACGAAGUUGCAGGCGUAGCGGCCAGCGAACGACGUUCCUUGGGUUCUUCAGCAGAGAACCGCGAGAGAGAUGCAACCGCUGCAGAUCACCGAGAAGCAGAGCGUGAAGCAGAUUCGCGAGUGAGCGUUGUGGGAGAAGGAAAGGCGGCCCGCUGCGGGACAAACUAGGCCCGGGGACGAGCACUGUUCUUGGCCGCGCGAACGCGCCAAGCUGUCAAGAUGGAUUGGGAGUUAUUGACGAUGGCGAGUCUACAUCUGACCGCGACCGAGCACCGUUAUUACGGCGACAUAUUCAUCUACUGCUGCGAGAAUGCGGACAGCGACAGCGUUCCCGUGAUCAAAGUCGCCGAGUUGUUGCGCUCGGCUAACCUGCCGCGGGACGUCACGAUGAAGAUCUUGGACAUCUGCAUGGGAACCAAAGGUAACACGCAUCUGGGCAAGAAGCAAUUCUAUGCAGUGCUGAAACUCAUUGCGGUCCACCAGGCUGGUCUGGAAGUCUCCAGAGAUAUGAUAACUGCAUCUUUGGAUGUUAUUACUUUGCCAAGAUUUACAUGGCCAACCUCCGGUGAUGAGGAAGGCAGAAGGAGUCCAGACAUAACUAGAGGAGCAAAGAGUAGACAUCAUGCCCCUGAGAGCACUACCGAAAGUGAAAGCGAAGCAGAAUCCCCACGUGAGACUGGUGGUAGCACAGAUUCUCCUACACCGACGAACAGCGUGACUCAAGAGAGAAAUGACGGUAUGCUGGGUGGCGAGACAAUUCUGGAUUCUGUUUCCGGAGGUUGGCAAGGCUUAUUAGUUUCUGAAGAGCAGAGACAACUGUUAGGCACUGAAGAGGAGAGCUCGGAGCGUCACAGCAGCGACGAAGGUGAUGGGGAAGGCGAUGGCUCUGGUUUUCCACCAGAGGAAGUAUGGAUUAUCAGUGACGAGCAGCGUGAUUAUUACGCUGCGCAAUUCGCGCAGCUGCAGUCUGAUCCGGAGGGUCUUCUAGCCGGGUCUGUAGCCAGAACAUUUUUCGAAAAAUCACGGCUUCCUGUUUCGGAGUUACGACGUAUUUGGCAGCUCGCGGAUGUCACGAGGGACGGGGCGCUCAGUUUACAAGAAUUCUACGUGGCUAUGCAUCUCGUCGUACUGAGGAGGAACCAUGUGCCCCUGCCCGACGUUUUACCUCCGUCCUUGUCGAUCCUGUUAGUCAUGCAAACAGCAACAACUGCCGCGCCGCAAAUCUCAUCGGCGACAACUGCUCAAAAAUCACCACCGAACUCCGCGAACGCUCGCGAGAAGAAUAAGGAAUGGACAAAGUUCGUGGACUCGCCAACUGGAGCGAGCAGCUCCUCAGUCACUAGUCCAGGAUUGCAGCUGGUGAAUUUCGAUUUCCAAAAGUCAGCUGUUGAACGCGACCCGAAGAUUUUGCAUCCAGUACCGUUGCGCUUAACGCCUGAAGCAGCGAUUCUCGCUUCUGGUGCUAAUGGUAGCAGUAGCAGCUGCACAACCUUGGGAGAUGACGAUCUGCAACAUUCUGCAGCGUCAUUAGUGCAACGACCUCUCGCAAAGAAACCGUCUGCUACUCCCGAAGACGCUGUCAUCGUGACUCCUAAAAAGGAACCACCACCUCCACCGCCACCCAGACCGUACAGAACACAUGCGCGCAGUUCUAGUCUCGAUCUUAAUAAAUUAGGAAAAAAUGGUCAAAGUUUUCUUGGAGCGCCGCCGCUUGUACCACCUAGAAUCUCUCCAGGAAUUACUUCGCCUCGUAAAUUGGUCGGCCAAAGGAGCGAAGGUGAAGGACAAAGAACAUUAAGCGAAAGUCAAGCUUUUGUCGCUGACUUCUCUCAUUUUUCUCCUAAGAGUGAACUGCCUGAAAAUACGUUAUCAUCCAUAGAAAACACGAUACCACAAUCUCAACAAUUCACUGGAGUCUGUGGAGCAUUUCAUAUUUAUAGAAAACCGAGUCCAAAACGAGAUGGUAGCGAAGAAGAGAAUAAGAACGAAGAGGAUGAAAAGAGGUUAACCUUACAAGAAUUAAGGGAAAAGAAUGCGGAACUACGCUUAGUCUGCGAAGAACUGACACGUGAAUUGGCUAGCGCGCUCCAAGAACGUAUAAAUCUGCGUGCAAAACUCUUGCUCUUGACUUGAUGUGAUUACUAUUCGCUGUCAUUCACUUGCUCGAAGCUACGAGAUAUAUCUCUUCAAAUCAUUGUAAACACAUGUAUUUAAUACGUUAUGCUAGUCUAGAAUUCCUCUUUUCUCAAUGAAGUAUUCAUUCACGUUCAUAACGAUCAAUAUAGACAGACAAAUGCGGCAGGAGACGCGAUUUACAAAAAGAAACAUGCAUAGAUAUUUUAUACUUGAGAUUGAAAGAAUGACUAUGACAUAAAUUAUGAAUCAUGUAUAUACAAAACUGAGAUUACGAUCUCUAAAUUGAUAUAUAACAAACGAAUUUGCUUUUGUCGAGUUUACUAGCUAUUGUUCACAUUUAUAUGUAAAAGUGUUAAAAUAUUCACUCUGGUUUAAAGCCUGCGCUAUCGAAUUCCUCCCUGUGAUUUACUGACUUGUACUAUGUUUUGCAUUGGAACUUCCUUUUUUAUCGCUACGAAUUUAUAUAUAUUUCCAGCAUACCGCGCAUACAAAUGCAUCUAUCACAUCGUUCUAUCUGAGUAUAGAUAUUUGAAACUUCUGAUUGUGAUUUCUAUGCACAAAAACUUGUUAACUUUGUUAAUUUUAUAUAAGGAUUAUAUAUUUCAUAUUCUUCUGUAAACUGAUGAAUCUCUUCUAAAGAGCUUUGUUCGCCGUAAACGAAACUAUAAUAUGUAUUUUGUAUCGUAUUUGUAAAAAUGAAUAAGUUAUAUUUAUUGUUUGCAACAAAAUCGAAUUGUAUUUCGAAUUGAAUUUUCGUACUAUAUAAAACUUUUACGAAAAAAUGGCAUUGAUGGAGAAAUGGAAUAAUCAGGAUUGUUACGAAGUUAUUUUAUUCCGUGAUAACAAUAAGUACCUAUAAAAUGCCUGUUAAACGUUGAAGAAAGAUAUAUACGAGAAAAAAGUGGAAUCUGCAGGAACAGAAUACUUCAAAGAUAAAUUUAUAUAGAUAUAUGAUGCUCAUAAUCAAUUCACGUUGAAUACAUCGAUUUUGAUGUAGCAAUUCUUUGAAAUGAUUAUAGCAAUUCCUAUUAUUAUUGCUGUAAGUUGAUGCAAACUAAGGUCUGAGAAGAAUAUAGAUCUAUCAAAGUCACGUCCGCAAAAGUUAUUCGAUAAAAAUCGAGUUAAUAUAAUAAUCGUCAUUCAUAAUAUCUAAUAAUAGCGAUUAUUCAAUAGAUAUAGAAUUGCUUUAUAGAAAAAAUUUUACUCUAUUAUUUAAAUAAAAUUUCCAACUUCCUGCUCUUCAA